AAACUCCUCACCUCGCGCUCAUCACGAAGAGUCUUCUUAACCUUUCUACCAUAUCAUCUCUGGUUAUCUUACACCACCAAUCUUACAGUUGUGUUACUACUAAUUGUUGUCAGUCUCUUUUAUUACCUCUUGCAAGCACACUAUAUGUACAUACUGAUGGAAGACUCGAGUCGUCGACUCACUUUUUGUUCUAUGCUCUCACGAGUUAAUCUUUAUUCCCCUAUCAUAGCUCGUAACUUACGGAUAACAUCAAACUUGUGGAAGGCCAAAAGCCCAGUUAACUUUAGUUUGAAGUUUCGGCUAACUGUAGUAAACUAGAAUAAGGAUUGGUGCCUAGUCUACCUAUUUCGGGACACUGGGCGAAUUUUAGAGUUUUCCCCAAAACGUUCGGGAGAUUUUGUGGUUUUUUGCCAUUUUCCUAAGGUUUUCUAUCGCAGUUUUCCCAAAACCUAUAAUUUACCUCAAAACAGGAAGAUUGGGUGAUAUUAUCAGUUCCUAGUGUUGUCGAUAUCCUGCCAUGUGGUAUGAUAUCUAUAACACCAUCAAAAGUAUUUGAGAGGGACUUCCUGAAGCUAUCUGAAGUGCUCCACGUUUUGUUUCACCUUGGAGAGAUGUCAUUCGUUAGUUGCAAAGAUCCAUGUUCACUGAAUCGAAUGUGCGAGUCGUUAGUCCCAGUUCUUUUUUAAAUCUUUGCAUUUCGUGAAAAACCCACUUCUUUGACUGGUUAUUGUCGUGCGGUCACUCACAAAAAUUUAAGUGGUACCAGACAUCUUGAGGAUUUUAAAAUAUGACAACCUGUAAUCCUGAGACAACUCUACGCCAACUUUUAGAUUUCACACUACAUACUAAUUUAUGUAAACUUUCUAUUACAGAAAUCAUAUGGAAAUCGCUAGAUCAAUUUCAUCAAUUAUAAAAAGAACUGUUGAUCCAAAUAUGUUGUUUGAUAAAGGUGAGUAUAUGGAUGAAGUACUAUGGCAGCUUCUUUGUACUAUUUAUGAUAUACCAUCGUCAAACUUCACGAAAGUUUACUUUCUGAAAUUAUUCAUGAUGACCGCCACUAACCUGGGAUAUGCUGGAAAUUUCACUUUGAGUAACUUUUCCCGAGAUAAAAGAGACCGGCGAAAAUGGAUACAUUUUCUUUCAUGCUUAGUCUCUUGGUUUGAAUGUGCUGACACUGAGAUUCUAGAGAUGGUUGACGAAGCAAGAGAAAGAAAAAGCAACUAUGCAAAGCUCUUAAGUCUGGUGGAAUCCCGAGAACAUGAAUUACACACACUUCGAGAGGCUGAAUCCAAACGCCGUAACAUUGUUAAAGACCUUGAAAAGGAAGUGUACGACAUUAAGCAUCGUUUCAAUGAAAAGAAUAAGAAAAUGUCAUCUGCAGAAAAUUUAUUAUUGUCCCUAGUUUCUUCAACUGAACAGAAGAAAGAACAGAUAGAGUCUUCUCGCGAACGACUUCAAACUUUACUCGAAGAAUAUGAAAAUGCUAGAUCCCAUCAACUUGAAAAUUGUGAAAUGUUACCUGAAUCGAUUUCAAGAGUAAAGUGUCAACUUGACUCAAUCGAAUCAGAUAUGCAUAGAUUAUUUGAAGCCUUUAAUCACAUUGUGGAUCGUAAUAUAACAUUUCAAAGCUAUGAGUGUUUACUGGAGUCAGAAUUGAGACCAGCAAUGGAUCAGGGCUAUGUGGUGAUGGAUAAACUAGAAUCAUGUGAAAAACAAGAGAAGAGUACUCAAGGUAAAAUUGAUGUUCUAACUACAGAUUUGAAAAAUAUGGAUAUUUCGUUAAAUGAAGCUAAACAACACUUGGUGGAAUAUCGAUCACAACUAGUACGAAAAAAAGUAUUGUUGAAUACUAAGAAAAAGACACGUGAAGCUGAUAUCGCUAACAAGACAAAGGAGAACGAUUCAUUUAUAUCUGAACGACAACAUUUGAGAACCCGAUUAUCCGAAAUUGCCCAAGAAAAUUCCUCUAUUGUUGAACAAAUCAAUUUAGAAGAACAAAGACUUCAGACGAUCUCGAAAAAUCAUGUCCACGUUGAAGAGCUUAACAAAGCGCUACUGGAAAUAAGCCAAAUGGUUACUAAGACACCCUUUCCUACAUGAAAACGUAUUUCUGAUACAAGUUACGUACUUGGUUUAAGUACAUUUUAACAUUGAAAACAAAGUCAUCAAAACUUAAAGCACAUGUAUAUCUAUAUAUCCGUUUAUUAAUUUCUUAUAUUUUCAUUUACAAUUUUCAAAAUAUACAAGAUAAUAUUCUCAGUGACUUAUUAUAUACCUAAUACCUCUCUCAUUCUCAGACAAAAUCUCAUUUAAAUGUGAC